CUAUGUUAUACCUGGUUGUUGGUGUGCAUUCUUGAGUGGGUAAUAGACAGGGGACUCGUAUUUGCUGUACGGGAGACUCCCUAGUUAAGAGAGGUUAAGUCUUGCAGUUUGAUAUAACGUCAAAUGAUGCAAUGGACGUCUCUCAUGGAUAUAUAAGACCUCUCCAUAUCUCCUUAAAGUCUCAGAAAUUACCUGUAUAGACCACUUACACAUACAAUACCACUAUCCAACCAUGCUUGAGAUUGCACAGCAUAGCCUUUCUAGUCAGGAGGCAUUAUGGUUCCUCUUGCUAGCCACGGUGCUCUUAGCACUAACUCGGUUCAUGAAGUCUUUCAGCCGGGGACCUAAGACCACUGCCAAUCAACCGAACGAGAAGGCUCCCAAAGACGAUGAAAUCGAGCCCCUGUGGGACUUCGACUUCCGCAAAGCAGACCCGAUCAAGUAUCAGCCGUACAAGACACAAGGCCACGUCACUAUGGGAAUCCAAAAACGUGUUCGCUCGGACUGGAUCAGGAUGGACCGGGGCUACCUCGCUCGCAUCGAGGAGCGGCUGCCGCUGAUCCGGAACAAGCCAGAGUUCACGAUCGGGACGGGAGAGGCGGUCAACCCCGCCAUCGAGGAGCUGUACGAGGAGAUCAUGAUCAGGUACCUGCCCGCCAGGUUCCCAACCAUGUUCGAGACGCAAGGGGGCAUGCUAGUCAAGAACCUGGCGACGGGUACCACGUACCCGCUUACCACAAAGGGCCUGACGCAUGCUCAGAUGCUGGCGUAUAUGGGAGAAAACGUGGAGGAAGACUUCUACUUCAUGUGCCCGGACCCGAACGGGGAUUUUCGCCUCCAGGGGUACAUCGCCUGCUUUCCGGGGGGGUUCCUCAGCCCUGCGCGAGUCGGCGAGUCGGUACGAGAGAUACACAGGCCGGUACCUGGGUAUGAGAGGAAGCUGGGACUGAGCGUGGACCGUUACUUCGCUCGUAUGAAGCCUGGGGAUUUCAUAGGGCGCAUGAACUGGUCUCUCCAAGUCGACGGCGCGGACCUCUUCCGCACGGACGGCAAUAACUACUACCCGGGGACGGAGCAGGUGGUGUCGGGGGACAAGGGGGACCCGUCGCUGGACGAGUGCUACCUGCGCGUGGAGCACCAGACGCUGACGAAGCUGGCGCGCACCAGCGCCGUCAUCUUCACGGUCCGGUCGUACAUGACGCCCCUGCGCCAGGUGCGCGCCGAGGGCGACGGCAGGGCCCUCGCCGAGGCCAUCGAGUCCAUGCCCGAGGGCCUGGGCCACUACAAGAUGGUCCAGUACUGGGGCCGCAAGGUCCUGCCUUGGUUGAUGGAAGACGUCUAGGUAUACCUAGUAGACGACCUAAGAGGUACCAAACUACCUAACCUAUGUAAUUCUUGGCUCGGAAAGGUUUCCGAGCUACCUACCUGUCAGCGCUAGACGGGAUAUUAGUCGAUGGAAACAAAUAUUUGGCGAGCAGACGUCAUUAUCUUCUCAUUAUUUGCUAUGAAAAAUUGUUAUGAAAUCCUACCUAGUAAUACAAAAAUUGCUUUAUUAUGUUUUACGCUAUAGCCGAAAGUAAACGUUUGUUUGUUUUUGUCUCUCCUAUAGAUAGAGCUAGGUACAUAUUUACCUAACUACCAGCCUAGGAGGGUUGCUAGUUUGCAGCAAGUGAGACAAGAUACCUACUUACAUACAGUACCUCCUA